ACACACACAAUCGCAGCAUCUCACUGAUGACAAAGGGUCCUCCGGGGAGGCGCGCCGCGCGUGACCGCGUCCUAUGCUUUCGUGCUGCUGCAGACCCAGACAGACGGACAGGCAGGCAGACAGAUACAGGGUGAGAGACUGACAAGCAGACAUACAGAUUCAUGGUGAGGCUGACUUGUUGACAGACAGAUACGACAGACAGGCAGCCGUUGUGUCGGUGAGGAUGCGCGCGUCGGGCAGCAGCAGCAGCAGCUCGCGGUGAUUGUCGGAUCGGUACCAAGAGGCGGAGCAGCUGCAGCGGAGCGCGAGGAGCAAACCGGGCACCAUGAGCUGCAAUUGGGGCACCGAGCUGUGGGAUCAGUUUGAUAACUUGGAGAAACACACCAGCUGGGGAAUCGACUUCCUGGAAAGAUACACCAAGUUUGUUAAAGAGAGAGCUGAGAUUGAGCUGAGCUACGCCAAACAGAUCAGGAGCCUUUCUAAGAAGUAUCACCCUAAGAGAAGCAGAGAGGAUGAGAGCAGGUACACAUGGUGUUUGGCAUUUGCUGCGACUCUACGUCAGCUGAACGAACUCUCGGUUCAGAGAGAAGAACUUGCGGAUAACCUAAGCACUCAGAUUGUCUGUGAGCUGGCCCGAUACACACAAGAACUGAAGACUGAAAGGAAGACUCAUUUUCAAGAUGGCCGCCGUGCCCAGCAGCACAUUGAGAGCUCCUGGAAACAGCUGGAGUCUAGUAAACGUCGGUUUGAGCGUGACUGUAAGGAGGCAGAGCGAGCUCAACAAGUCUCAGACAGAAUUGAUCUGGACAACAAGACAGACGGAGAGAAGCGCUGCUCUCUCAAGGCUCGUCAGACAGCUCAACAGAAAAAAGAAGCUGCAGAAGAAGCAAGGAAAGACUAUGUGACCAAUUUAAACCAGUUUAACCAAGAUCAGCACCAGCACUACCACACGCUGGUACCAGUUAUCUACCAGCGUAUCCAGGACAUGGAGGAGCGGAGGAUCGAAAGAAUUUGUGAAGCGAUGCGUUUGUCAGCAGAGGCAGAAAGAAAAGUUCUUCCUGUUGUGAGUCGUUGUGUGGACGCCAUGAUGGAUGCUGCUGAGGGCAUCCAGCCCAGGAUGGACACCCGACAGGUGGUGGAAGUUUAUAAAUCAGGCUUC